AAAUUAACAAUCAAUGAUUGUGAUAGACUUAUUGAAGUGAUAUUCAAACUGCCAUCACUUGCUCUCUAAUGCAUGGACCCCUCUUUUGUCUCCCUAUAGCUAGGAAAUUUGCUACCCCCUAUACCCUAUAACCUCAUCCUUACCCUCAAAUCUUCCUUAUAUUCUCAUUGCUUACUCUUCUUAUUGCUUAAGUUUUAUAAACUCCUCAACACCAGUCCUAAAUUAGAUUCACUCCACAAGAUUGAGUAUAAUACUUGUUAACAAGGCCAAGAAUUUCAACCAAUUGUCAUCUUCAUUACAAGAUCAAUGAAUCCAUCCAUAAUCCAUCUUACCAAAAUCAUACCAAACUCCUAUCUCUUUCCAUUUGACCAUAAUCACAUGUCAUGAAUUCCAAACUCAAAAACCUUUUUCAAAUUCACCCAAAUUUCCUUUAUUAAAGCCAGCUAGGAAUUUGCUUUAGACAAAUCCUAACCAAACCCACCUGAAAAAUAGCACCUUUUUAAAGAAUAACAAACCACAAUUCAACCUAUAUAUAUACACACACACACUCAUAUAUGUAUCCCACCAAAUACAAAAACAUCUUGUGCUCAAUCUCAUUAUAACACACACACACACACACACACACAUAUCCUAGCUCAAAAUUGUGUCUCACAAGAUUCGACAGUUGCGUGCAGAGGAUAUCUGAUUUACUACCAAAAAAAAUAAGUAAGGGUAAAAGAUAAGUUGCAUCACAAUCCACAGCCAUCAUUCAUCAGAACUUUGAGAACUUUUUGACAUGUCAGCUGCCGUAGCUGCCGCGGCCUCUGCCGCAAUCUCCGGCUACAACAACUCCUCCUCAAGCAGUACUAGCAACCAUAGUGAUGAGUUGUUAACUUCACAAAGAAUGCAAGUUUCUGUUACUCCACCACUAAGCAGGUAUGAGUCACAAAAGAGACGUGAUUGGAACACUUUUGGUCAAUACUUAAAGAAUCAUCGUCCACCAUUAACACUUUCACGUUGUAGUGGUGCAAAUGUUCUUGAGUUUCUUCGUUACUUAGAUCAGUUUGGAAAAACCAAAGUUCAUACUGAAAACUGUGCUUAUUAUGGAAACUCACAUCCACCAGGUCCAUGUCCUUGUCCUUUGAAACAAGCUUGGGGUAGUCUUGAUGCUCUUAUUGGUAGAUUACGUGCCGCUUUCGAAGAGAAUGGUGGUUCAUCAGAGAUGAAUCCUUUUGGAGCACGUGCUGUUAGGUUAUAUCUUAGGGAAGUUAGAGAUGUUCAAGCUAAAGCUAGAGGAAUUGCUUAUGAGAAGAAGAAAAGGAAGAAGCUUAAUCAAAAUCAACAAAAUGAGUCCAUGGUGAAUCAGGAACAUGAUGUAGUGCAUUCUUCAGGGUAUGUUCAUGGUGGUGGUUUUGUUAAUCAGUACUCAGAUUUAAAUGGGACAGCUAGCUUCUAGAAAUGCUUAUGCUGCUGAAGUUUCUUAUUUUUCAUUAUAGUGUGUUCAAGAUAUAUAUACUUUAAUUAUUUAUUUGUGAUGCACAAUUUUUUUUUAUUAAGUAGCUUAAUAGCUAAAUACUCCUCUUUAGUUGAAUAAGUGAGAGAUCUUGUGUUCGAACCUCAACCCUGCAUGGGGACAUGCACAAUAUUCUAUUUCAUGCAUGUGUUGGUUGAAGAUGUAAAAUCAUGAUAUACAGAUUCUAUGAUUAAUGUGGUAGGGGUCAAGGAUGUAAUAAGGGUGUGGUCAUUAUUAAUUUUAGCUUAUUAUUAUAGUAAUGUAGUGUUCUAAUAUUUAACAGUGAAAUUUCAUUCUAUUA